AUGUCCUGGAACUUAAAGGACUAUUUAAAAGAAACCCCAUUACGCAAGGGAGCAAUGCCGUCCGGCCUUCAAGCAUUCGGUUCAGAAUCAAUCUUUGAAAUAGUCACUGAAACAGGGGUGUUAAUACAAAAACUACUCGAUAUCGUCAUAAAAUUCGAAGACGAUGCAACAGAUAAAGACUAUAAAGCCGAUCCAGAUUUACAUACUAAACAUGCAAAGGCAUUGGCUGCGCUUCAGAAGAUAAAAUCAGUGGUACCACAGAUCACGAAGUUUACAAUAGACACCCCAAUCGACUUUUGGAAGUUGACGCCAAUAGAGCCCAAUAGUCCAGAUCUAGUCGUCUGGAAAGCGCUCGAAAGCCUCAUUAUACCGCUUAAUAUAGACAUCGAGGAUCCUAUUCAGCGUGCUAUGAUAUGGUUAGGCUAUACAUUCGAACCAAAUACCUCAGGUACCUCGGGAACAUGGUCUAUCAACCCCGACAAAGCUGACCUUCGUGUUAAAAUAUUAAAGUCUAUUGCAAAAGGAAUAGAUGAUUCAGUCACAAUAUGGUCAAGCCCUUGGGAAAAUUUUAGGGACGCGAUAGUAGAGACCGCUAUGGAAAUAUAUAUUCCGGACGAGUUUAAAGAAGACAUGGUUUUUGUGAUGGGAGAGAAGUUAUUGGCUAGAGUAGAGCUCUAUCUCGAUAGGGUCAACAAGUUAGGACGGUAUCUGGGAGAAUAUAGUGAAGAUGCUAUGCUUUUGAUUAAGGCUCUUCCUGAGGGCUGGGAUCGCGAGGAUUAA